UUUUUUUUGCCAUGGCUUCAGACAGUCCGGAUCCUCAGAGCCUGAAAUCAUGGCAGGAUGCAUUCCAAUAUCCAAUUCCAACCGUGCGCCGCGUGGAGCAGGAGCUGCGGCGGGACAUUGCGAGCAAUAAGGAGAGGCUCCGAGCUCUGGUUGGCACGCGAUAUAGAGAGCUUGUGGGGACCGCAGAGAAGAUCGUUUCCAUGAAUCGUGAGAUGGAGGAAGUGGAUUCAACGCUGGCAGACAUAGGGCGAAGGUGUAACCCGCGGUUAAUGGAGAAAACGUACACUCAUGUCCAGGCAGUCGCGUCGAAUAAAGAUUCUUCCGAGCGCGCCCUCACAGGCCAGCUUGCCUUACUUCAUCGCGCCGCAGUGUCGAUGUCGAGACUCCUCAGACGGCGAGGCCCGCUCCUACUCGUCGCCAAGCUCAUGGUCAUCUCACGGCUGCUUCAUAAGACCCUAUCACAACAACCGACAGUGCCACCCUUCGUCGAGAACCUUCGCAAUCAACUGGCUUCCCUCCGGCGAACCCUGCUGCGAAGAGUCGAUAAGCGCCUUGUCCCUGCCAAGUCAACGCCGGACGAAAUCAUUGAAGCUUUGGCUGCCUAUUGCCUAGCCACCAGCUCUUCUUCAGACGAUGCUAUCCGGUACUUCCAUCAGAUACGUCUAGACGCUAUUGGGAGCCAGCUCGAACUCAAUGACCCUUCAGGCGAGAACAUCCUGAACAGCUUGCGCCUAUACAUUCGAACGUUACAAACUUCCAGAAUCCUACUUUCGCGGCGGCUGUCUGACGUACUGAACAAGUUGAAAGCGCGGCCACUUCUCACAGACCCCGAGGUUUGCGGCCUGGACGAUCUGGACCUUGGUGUCUUAGGGCGAUGGGUAACUUCAGACGUCAGCAACUUCACUCCUUGGAUCAAACUCAGCGAACUGUCCAGGGCGGAAGUCGAUAACAUUAUCAAGACGUGGUCAGAAGCCGCCUUCGAGAAGUAUAUGCAAGGGGCUCGAGAGUCAUUGAAGAAUUGGUCGGAUUUUUCCAAACUCCUUACACUUCGUGAACAAGUGUUAGAAUUGUGGUUAGGCUCUCGGAGCUCAACGCCCGCCCACUCGUCCCUGCAGGUGUUGGAGGGCAUCAGGUCUGUCUUGAACGAACGACUCACCGGCAUUUUAGCGGACCAGGCAAAAGACUUGGACAAGUUCGGCCAAAGUAUUGCUUCUACCAUCGCGGGCUGGAGCAAUUUGGAUCACACAUACUCUCACUCACUAUGGGACGAGAGCCUCAUCUCAACUGACUACUCCAAUGGCUCCGCUUACUUUAAACAAGCUGUUGUGGAUAGGCUUUUGGGACGAGACGGGGACAUCAUCACGUCUCUCGGAAAGUACCAAGCUUGGCUUCUGACAGUAGACAAGUCCAAAAGCUCUAUCGACGGUUUGCGCCAAUUUCGAUGGUCUGAUAUUCUUGAUGAAGGCGAGGAUGAAGAUCUAGACGUGGACAUUCCGGCAAUCUUGACCGAUGAUGAUCCCCGGUUGCUGCGGGAGGCUCUCGAGGCUGCUAUCAAGGAAGCUUUCGAGACUCUUGAUCGUUCGUUCUGCGAGAUCUUUAAAGCGCUCGAGAAAACGAGUCUGAAUGAGCAGGUCGCAUUUCUGCUCAAGCUCAUCAGGCUUAUCCAGAGAGAACUUCCCGUCGGCUUUAUCCCGGCGGGCUACACAUUCGCUGAUGGUGUUAUCCCUCAAUUACAAGAGAUACUUGCUACCGAGAUAGUGGCGCACACGCGGCCAUGGAACCCGCCAGCUAGCUCAAUUGAAAACUCUCGAGGAGUUCCAGGUCGUUCCCUCUGGGAAGGUGACCCUGCAAUCCCUGUGCAACCGUCACCAUCGGCGUUCAAAUUCCUGCGCCGAUUAACGAAAUCUAUGAGCCAGUAUGGCCCUGGGCUUUGGGACGCUUCGACCGUUCGAUGCUUCAAGAAAGCUCUGCAGAAAGAACUUGCCAAACCCAUUGUCUCCAGGAUGGAAGAAUUGAACUCAUCUUCUUCUCAGAAUGGGGCUACUGAUUCUAAAGCGGAAGUCAACAAUGGCGAACCGCCAGAUCUGAACGGGGAUGAGAGUCCACAGCAAAAGCCGCAGGCUGAGAUGGAGAACGCUGAUCCCUUUAAAUAUUUACAAGAUCACAUGGUCCAGCUAUAUUUUGACGCCUCUUACUUCAAAUCUGCCUUCGAAGUUGGUGACUUGGAAACGAGCCACUUGGCGGACGUACUGGAAACGAUUCGCGGAGAGCUUGAACCUCAAUUGCAGGUUGCGAAAAAGAUUGACAAAGCGGCCCACGAGCACUGGGAGCGAACCUACCUUCUAUUCGGUCUCCUGGCAGAGAAGAUCGAGACAUAAGGUGUCAGGUGUACAAUCGUUCUUGUAUAUAAAGGCAUUCUUCACACCACUCUUAGAGCUGCACAAAUGGAUCCAG